GCGCCGACGACAUCACCGCUUGGACGACUGAUUGCUUGCCUUUGAAGCUGUCUGUAAGAAAAAAUUCAUCUCUUGGUACCGUCUUCGAAGGCAUCGAGCUGCCAGGAUGGCGUACAAUCCUUAUGGAGCAUCGCCGUUCGGGCGUCCUCCUGGAUUUGGAGCCUUCCCAGGCCAGAGCGGUACGCCACCCGGCAUGGGCCCUCCUCCAGGAAUGGGUCCUCCACCAGGCAUGUCCGCGCCAGGUACGGCUCCUCCUCCCGGCGUACAGCAAGCCAACAGUACACAGGGCACCCGCCCCAGCGGGCUCCCAGCUAGCUUCCAAGGCCCGCCCAAUAUGCCCAAUAUCAACUUCUCGGCCCCUGUCAUCAGACUCGGUACAGGCCCGUCGAAACCUCAGCCCAUGGCCGCGGGUGGUAGGAGAGAGAGCCAGGAUCCGAUGUCUGCGAGUGGACGACCGGGACUGGGUAUGGAGAGGGGAAUGGAGGCACAGAGGCAGGCGUUGAGGGAGAGCAUGAUGUCUUUGGUUCCGCCCACGAAGGAGGAGAUUGUGCGCACCAUAUUCGUUGGUGGUAUUACCGAAGGAUGUGGUGGCGACGACGGCAUUGAGCGGUUGUUGGGCACCGCUGGACGGCUACGCAGAUGGGAUCGAGCUGUCGACGCAAAUGGGAAGCAGUGCUCGUUUGGAUUUGCGCAAUAUGACGAUGCGGAAAGUCUUUCCACGGCUGUGGACGUUCUGAAGGAUAUUGAGAUUCCGACCAAGAGACAGCCCCCGAGUGAUGGUGUCAAGAAGGAAGACGAUGAUGAUAAGAAGAUUGAGAAGAGCAAGCUGCUGGUCUUCGUUGACGACAACUCGCUCAAUUAUCUGGAGAACUGGCAGUCAAAUCGAGCUGAGGAUCCUUCUGUGGAGCAGGCGAGAUUGGAUGCUGCACGAUCUGGUCUCAGGGCUGCUAUCUACGAACUGUUUCACCCCCCUAUGUUUGUCAAGAUGGAUGAGGGAAGCGAAGAUGUCACAAUGCAGGAUGCAGAAAGGGGAGAUAACGUUGAGGUUGUCAAUAUACCUCUAGCUGUGGAUGACGAACUGGCCGAUAUUCCAGCUGAGAUGCGAGAAACAGUUGCUCAAGAGAUUGCUGCUUUCAGAGAUCGCAGUAAUAGGAGAGAUAUGGAGCGGCUGAAGCGAGAAGAGGAAAUGGAGGCUUUGGAACGACAGCGUAAUGGUGCACCACGACCGUCGAGACUUGCUUCACCUGGACCGCAAAUACCUAAUGGACCCGCGGCUGGCACGAACAACAUCCCUCUUGGACCUCGAGGCGUACCGAACGCUCCUUCAGGACCGAAAUUACAGGCUUCUCAAACCGCAUAUUCUACGAUUCCAAGAGACUAUCAGCAGGGGGUUAAGUUUGUAAAUGGCAGUGGUAUCAAUGGAGCUGCAAGCGGAGAUGUCUGGAUCAAUAGGGAAGAGGAAGAUGACUCUGCCAGUGAUGAUGAACUUGAACGUCGACGAAUUGCGAAGCGAGAGUCGGAGCAGGAGAAGCUAUACCUGGACCAAGAACGCCGUUGGCUCAAUCGGGAACGGUCUCGGACCGCUGCCGUCAACCGUGAAAAGGAACGAGAAGACGAAGAUGAUACCAAUCUGAAUGCGGAGAAAGAGAAGAUGGCUCAACGACUUGCGGACUGGGACGAUGAUCUUGAGUCUUCGAGGAAAACAAAUGAAUAUUAUUCUGACCGAAGCAUGUGGAUUCGAAAUCGUGCUGUCUUCCGAGCUCGCGAGUCAGCAGCUGAUGACCGGGAUCGUAUUGCUGAGCAGAAAGAACGACAGCGUGAUCAGGCAGACAAGGAGCAAGCUCGUGGCAUGGCUGAUUCGUUCCUCGAUCGUCAAGCGGAAGAACUUGAAUCGAGAGCCAGCACUGGUCGUGCUCAGCAACCAUUCAAGCUUUCACUUGGUGCAGCUGCACAGAAGGUUCAGAAAGAAAAAGCUGUCGCUCCACGCAGAACAGUUGCCGAAGUCGAAGGCCUACUUGAGGAUGAAGAAGAGGCUGAGAAGACUACCAAGCGCACUCUUAUUCCUAUCGAAUUUGAUCCUGCAACUUCUUCUGCUCAUAUGACCGACGAAGAAAGAGAUCAAGCCGUGCAUCGCCUCGCUCAGGAAAUUCCCGUCGACAAGGACGGUCUCUGGGCUUGGGAUGUCAAGUGGGAAUUUGUGGAUGAUGUAGUUAUCGUGGAGAAGUUGAGACCUUUCGUGGAGAAGAAGAUUGUGGAGUAUCUGGGUGUCCAGGAGCAACUGUUGGUGGAGGUUGUGGAGGAGCAUCUUAGGACGAGGGGCAAGCCGCAGGACUUGGUAGAGCAGUUGGAGGGGGCUUUGGAUGAAGAGGGUGUAUCUCUGGUCAAGAAGCUUUGGCGGAUGAUGAUUUUCUUUUCGGAAAGUGAGAAGAGGGGCCUCACUGCUUAAGUGGUGAUCUAGUCCAUAGCCAGUAUCACAGCACAUGCAGGGGCACCUUGGGCGUUGCGAAGAUGAUUCUCUCGAAAACCAAUUCUUCGAUGUGUACCAAAAUCAGGGAGUUCCAGGGACACAGAUCAUGCUUGAUGGGAGGUUGGUAUGCCACAUAGUCUGCAUGCUACAAUAUCACGUCCAAGAGCAUCAGCUUUCAAUGUACAACAUAAUCACAAAAGCGCCGCUUUGAUUGUCCG